UCAGAACUUCAUUUCCUUUGCGGAAUCGGGGACAACAGCUGCCCUCCCAGUUUUUUUUUUGUUUGUUUUGUUUUUUGUUUUUACCCUUGUUUUUGUUGUUCAUUUCCCUUAUCGCCGUGGUCCGAAACACACGCAAAUGUUUUACUUUCUAACGUACUCGUGAUUCCGUCGAAGCCGAGUUUUUUCCGUGACAGAAACCAGACGUUCAAGACCGAAAGUUCUGCAAAUGGAAAUUUUUUGAGCCGUGCCGUGUCUUCAGUUUUGUCCAGUGACAGUCGGACGAUGGAUUUCGACAAGCUGCACAUCCAGAUCCUCUGCUUUUUAGGACUUUGGAUGAAGAUUGUGUUUGGGGCUGAAUUAGCAAUUCAGAUACCAGAAAACCUAAGCCAGGAUAAUAGCACUUAUCGUCUGGAUUACGUCCCAAAGUAUGGCCAUCCUCCACCCAACACUACAAUCCUGUCGAGAGACAUCGGUCACGUCAUCCAGUUCUCAAAAGGCCUUCCAGGCACCAAGUAUGAAUUUUGGCUUUACUACUCGAAUACUACUCUGCACGACUGGUUAACAUGGACAGCGUCCAUCACAACAGCUCCAGACCCACCUUCGAAUCUCACUGUUACCAUCAGAAAUGGAAGAUCUGCAGUUGUAAAUUUCAGCCCUCCAGUCCUUGGCAGCUACCAUUCAUUUAAAAUGAAGGUUAUUAGUUUAGCAGAACCAACAGUUCCAACCAGAACAAUUCUGCUCAACACAACUGAACCUUACACACUCCGUGAAUUAACACCUGGUGGAAGUUACCAACUUCAGCUUUUUACUGUGUUUGAUCAAAAAGAAAGUGUUGCUUACACAUCAAGGAACUUUACAACAAAACCAAAUACGCCAGGGAAGUUCAUUGUCUGGUUUAGAAAUGAAACGACGCUGUUAGUUUUGUGGCAGCCAUCGUACCCAGCAUCAAUUUAUACUCAUUAUAUUGUUCGAAUUGAUCCUCCUGAUGCAGCGGAAAGUAUGUUGUACGUUGAAAAAGAGGGUGAACCACCUGGCCCAGCCCAAGCAGCAUUCAAAGCCCUUAUUCCAGGACGAGCAUAUAAUAUUUCUGUUCAAACUAUGAGUGAAGAUGAGAUUUCCACGCCUACAGUAGCUCAAUACAGAACUAUACCGUUGCGACCUAUUAAUGUUCGAUUUGACAAAUCAACAGUAACUUCACAUAGUUUUACUGUACUGUGGGAUUCACCAAAUCGUCAAAGUGAGUUUGACAAGUACCAGAUUUCAAUUAAUCUCCGUCGUCAAGGAUCAGUUCCACCGAUUACAAGAAAUAGAAGUGACCCAACAUUCCAGACUUUUAAAGAGGGCCUGGAACCAGGACAAACGUAUCAUGUUUUGGUUAAAACAGUAUCAGGAAAAGUUACAUCGUGGCCUGUAGCAGUUAACGUCACAUUAAAACCUUUGCCUGUCGAAGAUUUAAAAGCUGAAAACAGUGGUAAUGGAGUAGUUGUGUUAAGUUGGAAACCCCAGAACUCGAGUACCCAAGAUCAGUAUAAGAUCAGUUACACAGAAAUGGGCGUCCUCAAUGGAGAUACAAAUACAAUGUAUACAGAAAACACUCAGCUCAUCUUGGAAUCCCUUCUUCCUGGUCGGAAAUAUUCAAUAGCAGUUCAAGCUGUUUCCAACCAGCAAGAAUCACAUGAGAAAAUCACAUAUCAAUCAACAAGGCCAUCUGCUCCUGUUAUUGAAGAUCUUAGACCUAUCGAAUAUGGUCUUAAUAUUUCAUGGAAGUCCGAUGUCAACUCUAGGCAAGAGAAAUAUGAGGUUAUCUACCACAGAAAUGAUUCGGAUGGCGAACCCAAGCAUUCAUUUACUACAGAACCACAUUUGUUGCUUACAAAUCUGUAUCCGGGUGCUGGAUAUGAAAUAAAAGUAUUCGCCAUCAGUCACAGUUUGUACAGUGAGCCUCAUGAUUACUUCCAAGCAGUUUUUCCAAAACCUCCAACAAACCUUACAAUGGAAAAUGUCACUAGUAACUCAGUCGUAGUGCGCUGGAUGGAACCAAUAGAUUCUCUAUUUUCCGAUUUCUCGAUAAGAUACCGCACAGAAGAUGAUUCUAAAUGGAUUAAACUACCGACUGUAAGACACACAGAAGCUGAAGUUGCGGAUUUGACUCCUGGUGAAAAAUAUACUAUUCAGGUCAAUACUGUUAGUUUUGGCGUUGAAUCUGCAAAUCCGUUAACGCUACAUCAUACAGUCCGACCAAAUCCUGUCACCGCAAUUGCUCCACUUGUUGACUCGACCAAUGUUACCCUUGAAUUUCCAAGACCAGAAGGGAAGAUAGAAUACUACAUUAUAAAUUGGGUGUCUGUGGAUGAAAGUGAUGAUGAUCCAAAACCAAAGACAAGGAAUAUGACUGGUUUUGGCUCUGAAGGUGGUACCGUCCGUGCACUUGUCGAAGACUUAAUGCCUGGUAUAAAAUACCAGUUUGAUAUUCACACAGUUUCGUACAAUCUUCACAGCGACAUCACCACAUUAACUGCUAGGACAAUGCCAUUGAUACUUUCGGAAGUGCUUGUUGUGAACAACCAGCAAGCCACAGAUACUGUUACAUUGAGGUAUACACCAACCCCACAGUCUUCAUCGCAUUUUGAUAAAUACAGGUUCUCUCUUUCGGGAUCCGGUGCACCCGUGAUAAGAGAAAAAGAUGCCAAUGAUACUGAAUGGAAGGUCACUUUUACUUCUCUCACUCCUGGGAAAUUGUAUAACAUUACUUUAUGGACUGUUGCUGACCAUGUGCUCAGUCAACCGUUACACCGUCAAGACCGACUUUACCCUGAGCCAAUCACUCAGUUAAAUGCAACCAAUAUCACUGGGACUACGGUCACUCUGACCUGGGACAAACCGAGAGGAGAAUACAAUGCAUUUGAAGUGCAGUACUUGAACACAGAAGAGUUGCUGAUUCAAAAUUUGACCCAAGAAAAAACGUUCACCGUAACUGACCUUAAGCCGUACAGAAAUUACACUUUCACAGUUGUCGUAAGAUCUGGAAUGGAAGCGACAAUUCUUCGACGAUCGUUGCCAAUUUCUGCAGUCUUUACAACCCAUGAAGGCAUCCCAGGAUUGGUGACUAACUUCCACCCAAAAGAUAUCCAGCCAAGUGAAAUUCAUUUCAUGUGGAUUCUUCCACCCAGUGAGCAAAACGGAAUAAUUCGCAAAUUUACAAUAACAUAUGGACUUGAGAAUUCUGUAUAUACACAACGGAAGGAUUUUAAACCUUGGGAAACGGAAGGCACAAUAAGGAACCUGAUGCCUGGAAAAACAUACAUAUUUCAUAUUCAAGGAGAAACAAAAGUCGGUUAUGGACGAGAAGCUAUUUGGAAACAAACAAUGCCAAUUUUAGCCCCUCCAAAACCGAGUCCACAAGUUGUCCCCACUGAGGUUUGCCGUACAUCGACUACAAUCCAGAUAAGGUUCAGGAAAAACUAUUUUUCAGAGGCAAAUGGACCUGUUGUUGCGUACACAAUAAUUGUCGCUGAAGAUGACACCAAGAACGCUUCUGGGAUUGAAAUGCCAGGAUGGAGGGAUGUCCAAGCUUACAGUGUUUGGCCACCAUACCAAGUGAUAGAACCUUAUUUCCCUUUCAAAAAUGCGUCUGUUGUUGAUUUCACAAUUGGUACCGAGGAUUGUGAAACUAAGAUGAAUACUUACUGCAAUGGGCCGUUAAAAGGAGGUACAACUUACAGGGUCAAAAUAAGGGCUUUCACAGCACCAGAGAAAUUCACAGACACUCAUUAUUCAUUUUCAAUUCAAACAGAUCAAAAUACAACCCCACUCAUAGUGGGCAUUACAAUCCCAAGUGUGGUCUUGCUGAUUCUCUUUAUUGUGAUUCUUCUAAUGAGAAGGAACAAAAUCAUAGGAAGACGACCAACAGAAAAUAGAGCGAGUGACAAUCUUAGCAUACAAGACAGUAUCAUGGAAACAACUCGACCUAUACGCCUCGAAAACUUUGCUGAGCAUUAUAGAAUCAUGUCAGCAGAUUCGGACUUCAGGUUCUCUGAGGAAUUUGAAGAGCUGAAACACGUCGGCCGAGAGCAACCAUGUACAUUUGCAGACUUGCCUUGCAACCGGCCCAAAAACCGGUUUACGAAUAUUUUGCCUUAUGACCAUUCCAGAUUUAAGCUCCAGCCAGUUGAUGAUGAGGAAGGCUCGGAUUACAUAAAUGCAAAUUAUGUUCCUGGUUUCCAUUCACCGAGGGAAUUCAUUGUGACCCAAGGUCCAUUGCAUUCUACAAGAGACGAUUUUUGGAGAAUGUGCUGGGAGAGUAAUUCUCGUGCCAUUGUAAUGCUUACACGUUGUAUAGAAAAAGGUCGAGAGAAGUGUGAUCAUUAUUGGCCUUACGACACCAUGCCAGUCUACUAUGGUGAUAUUUCUGUAACAAUAUUAAAUGACAGUCAUUAUCCGGAUUGGAGCGUCACUGAAUUUAUCAUGGCCAGAGGUGACACUCAAAGGGUUAUAAGACAUUUUCAUUUCACGACUUGGCCAGAUUUUGGCGUACCUAACCCACCCACAACUCUAGUCCGUUUUGUGAGAGCCUUUAGAGAGAGGAUAGCACCAGAACAACGCCCUAUCGUUGUACACUGCAGUGCUGGAGUCGGCCGGUCGGGAACUUUCAUUGCCCUAGACAGGAUAGUGCAGUCUCUCAACCAUGGUGCAGACACGGUCGAUAUUUUUGGAAUUGUCUGGCAGAUGCGAAAGGAGAGGGUGUGGAUGGUUCAGACAGAACAGCAAUAUAUAUGCAUCCAUCAGUGCCUUCUGGCUGUCCUCCAGGGUGACGACAAUCAAGCACCCCCAAGGGAAAUACACCACAAUCCGGGGUUUGAAGAUGAUGAAGGGAUAGCUGAGUCCGGAAUGUGAUGAUGUACCCAUUUGGACUACAUUCUAGAUUAAAUGGAGUUUGUCUGUUUUAAUCAAAUAACAAAGUUUUAAUUAUUCGUCCCCUCCAUUUUAUAAUAAACACCGAGUUUGAACGAGGACAGAGAAUAAACUUUACAAACUUAAUUUUGUCCUUACACUGUUUUAUUGUUAUUUUAACAAAAAUAAUUCAAUUUUUGUGAUCAAUAUUGCAACUCUUCUAGCAAAAACGAUUCACAUGUUAAUAGUAGACAUGUUGUAAUGUGCAAUUUGUUAUUUAAAAUUUUUGAAGUGUAUAAAUUUGGAUUUUUACAAUUUAUAUUUUCAUCAAAUUUAAAUUUAAGUCUACCAAUUUUAAAAGGGGCCAAUGUAAAAAAAAAAUCAAAUUAUAUAUUUUUGUAUAUUAAUGUAAAUAGAACAAGAUUUUUAUAAACGAUGUAAUAACUAUGUGUAUAAUGGGAUUUUUUAAAUAUUUGUGAUCGGAUACCUUAUAUUUUACUGCUUGGUCGACUGUCCACAAAUCAAAAUUACACAAGCAAAUGGUUUGUCGUCAGCCCUAGCUUUACUUUGUGAUAUUGUUUUUAUGUAUUGUUAUUUUACAGACUAUGACUUAUAAUUCAAAAUUUACUCGAUAUGUGAAUAUUCAUUGUGAUUUUUACAUGGAGUUAAAACAAAGCCAAACAUGUACACAUUGAUAUUUGUUGCAACUUUAUAGCAGUUAAUAAGAUGUAAUAAAUUUACUUUUUUAAUUAGUGAAAUUUUUCUAUUGUAAAGUGAUUUGUUAAAACAAAUUAAAAAAUGUUUUAAUUAUUUCAUGAUUGGUUCAUUCCAUCAACAGUUUUAUAAACUGUACUACUUUAACAAACCAGCACCGAAGAACAAUUAAAACAAAGCAAAGCUUCGUUGAUCGUUUUGUUCAGGUGACUAAUUCCAUAUUUUACUGACAUUACAAAACUCACUAGUUAUCAACAAAGCUAGGAACAAAAGAUAAUGUUAUAUUUCAUUUAUUAUCAUCAUAAAUAAACCAACAAAUUUGAAAUAUAAACAUUUGUGAACCUAA